AUACAUGAUAUCAAGGUAUGUAAGUAAAAAGAGUGGAAGAACCUCAGCGAGCCAUUUAUCUUACCACACAUCAAAAUGAACGGUCUUCGGUCUAUUAGUCUGGUAUUUUGGAUGCAAGUCUUCUUCACCUCGGGGAUACCCGUAGCAUAUGAUGAGUCAAUGGCAGUGAGAGAGCGACAGCCCGUGUCUUUAGAUAAUAACGUAAUGUCCUGUAGCAGAAAUAUGGAAUGUGGCUGGCUUGUUUGUAUUUGGGCACAAGAAUCAAACGGUGGAUACGGCUGUCAAUUUUUCCAUAAUCACUGUAAUUGUCCAUCCGAUUUAGAGUGCAGCGGUACCCAUAUGUCUGAGCCCACGGAAUCACACUUGGUGUGGGAUUAUCGGUGCCAAGAGCCAACCACCAAUAGAAAAUGACGUUGCAUUAUACAACCUCACUGUUAUUUGUUGAGAAUGAUUAUUGUGUUUCUUAUACUUUGGUUUAGUAAAACUAUGUAAAAAUAU